UUUCCUGCUUUGAAAUAAACCAAACAAUAAAUCUGCGAGGCCCAAAACAUUGAAGAACUGCGUGCAACCAGCACUGCGCUCUGAUUGGCUGUUGCCUGUCACGUGCUACAACGGACCCCGCCUUCCUCCCUUCCCAGCUUUACUGGAGCCUCGCCAGGGAUCCGCUGAAGCUCGGUGCUCUCUAUGAACAAACGCGUCGCGUCCAGGUGUUCCCCUCAGGAUAGGAACUCAGGCUGUUUGGACCUCAAUUUCUUGGUUCUGGACUCCUGUAAGCUGCGGUGAGUUCCCCAUGAGACCACGGCUGAAUUAGAAGCGAGCCAGAACCGGAGCGCUAAUCCUCUAAGAAGCUUUUACGGUCCGAGUUGGCCGCCCGCUGACGCAUGAUGAUGCAGGUGAGUGAAUCCUACCACCAGAAGAACUCGCUCUUCAACGCCAUGAGCCGCUUCAUCGGCGCCGUUAACAACAUGGACCAGACAGUCAUGCUACCCAGCAUGCUGCGGGACUUCCCGCCAGAGGACAGCGGGGAACUGAUGGCGACCGCCACGGGCGGUGGCAGCAGCAGCAGCGGCGGCUACCUCCAGCCGGAUAUGUACGGUUCCUACGUCCUGCUCAAAUCCAUCCGCCAUGACAUUGAGUGGGGCGGGGCGCCGGGUGGGAUGGAGGACGCGCGCGCGGCAGAGGGGGAGGACGACCUGCAGAAGGAGCUCCACUUCCACCUCAACGGACUGCACGCCAUUCUGGCCAAGCUCACACACAAAGCCAACACGCUCACAAGCCGCUACAAAGAAGGGAUCGGGUGCAGCAACUGAGAUUUCCCAUGGCCUGUGAACGUGUCACACCGUGUCCAAAUUCCCUCACUGUUCCCCUAUAGUCCAGGACUAUCUAGUGCCCUUGAUUUUCAUGCAAUUCGGACACAUGAUCCCUACUUUUAUGUUUAGUGGUAAAUCUAACCUCAUCCAUUUGCCAAAGUAAAAACCGUAAAAAUAAUAACAUUUUAUGUAGACUAUUUAUGAAUCCGCUGUGUUCUGAUGAUGAAAACUUUGAAUUUUUAUAUAAAAAAACCUUACUUUAAAGAAAUAUUUUUCACUUUACAAAUCAUUCCAAUGCAAUGCAUUGUGGUCUAUAUUUGGCAAUCUAAUGAGCAUUAAUGCACACUAAUUUUUCGCAGAGACUUCUGGGAAAUUUCCAGGGCACUGGAUUCAGGAAUUGUAGAUUGGGACUCCACGAAAAAAAUGGUGAACAACCAAGGUGUGACCAGGGAAAGGGACUAAUAAAGUUUUCAGAAAAACCUAGUUGAAGGUGGAAAGUUUUGCAAAGAAAAAGGGAAACGUGUGGAAGAAACUAAAUUGGUUUAAAUUGUACUCUAAUGCUGUUAAAUAUUUUUAAUAUUGAGAAAAGCAUGUACAUUAUUUUUUUAAACAAGUUUGUCUAAAAACGUAUUCAGAAACUAAAGAGGACACCCGUAUUUUUGAAAGUUUUAAAACUAAAUUAUUAUUUUUUGUAUCAUCACUCUGUAGUUUUUUAUGUCACCUGAAUUUAAUAUUUAUUUACUGAAAAGUUUGAACUGUUUAAAAAUGUUUCGAACUGGUUAAAUGUCCUCUGCAUUGUUGUUUUAACUCUGAUGCUAUAGACACAACGGGGAUGUGACUCGCGUACAAGAACGCGCUAAAUGCGGGUUCUUGAACGCCUAUCUAGCCCAUGGUGUUCACACUGGACAAACAGGGAGGGGCUUCUUCUUCUUCUCCUUUUUUCUACUGUUUAUUAUUGCUUAUCCAUCACCUACAGUUUGAAGAGUUUUGGUGCAAAAUGUCACUGGUUGUAAAUCUCGCUCCAGGAUUUUUUUUUCUCACAGCUCUAUUCCGAUAUAUAUGUAAGACUCGGUGUCAUAGAUACCGUCCUGGCACAAAUGGCAAUUAUUAAUUUCUCCUCCAUGAUCACUUGGCAGUAGCCAUACGUCACUACCAAAUCCAAGUCCCUGAUUUGUCAAAGCUUGUCUCUUAACGCCAGUUCAAUGGUUUUUGUACAGAACACCCCAAAAGACACUUAAAAAGUUGCGUGAACAGGAGAGCUUUGAACGCUUUGAAUGGAAGUGGUCCCUUGAACGCUCGUUUCCGAGCUGGUGUGAACGUGGCUUGAGUAAGAGAUGUGAAGUCUCUGAACUGGAGGAUUGUAAGGAUUUAUUUCAGGGCAGUAGUAGGUUUAAAAGUUGUCAUCCGGACUUGGUUUUUAAGUUGAAAACGUUUAACGUUUCAACGAUAAAGCCUUCAACGAUAAAACCAAGUCCGGAUGACAACUUUUAAACCUACUACUGCGAUGGAAUCAACUCUUCAUAGACAGAUUUUUUCCAGAGUUUCUCUUUUAUUCCACCUCACAGCUUUUCAUCUAUGCAAACAAAGUUGUGAUGACCUUGUGCUAGAACACAACUAAAGAUUACAUUUUUGGUUCUUAAGAGCACAGACAGAACUGAUACUUAGAUCCUGUAGAGCUUCAUGAACGUCAAAUGGUCGUUUUUCUGGCUGAAAACCUGGACUCAUCCAUGACUGUUUGGCUAGUCAUUGCUGAAAUGGAAAAAAAGUUUUUAGCUUUUUUUAUUUUUUAAGAAACCUGCUUUUUUAUAAAGGAGUUUUCAUCUUCUGUGAGGAUAUGCUGUAAAAUAUGUCCUUGAUUCUGUCAGACUGAACACUUUAUAUGAGAUUCGUCCCUUGGAGCAUGACUGAAUCUGAUGUUUUAUUCCAUUUCAUGAGAACAUUUAUGGAACCUUUUAUAUUCUAUGUCCAGAUUAAAAUGAAUGUUUUCAAAAA